AGCCGAGCACGGCCCGCCUCUCGGGUGGGCGCGCUGUGGGCAGCGCAGUGCGGAGCUGGGGGCGCGGUUGCCAUGGCGACGCCUCGCGGGGCUGCGGUUGUGGGCACGGGGCGGCUCCUGCGGCUAUGAAAAACAGAACCGAGAAACGCUAUAAAAAUUAACUUUUGGAGGGGUUUUACAGCCUUUCUGGCAAAGGGGACCGUGCUACUGCCAGUCUAUUCUGCCGCUCUCUUAGAACAAAUGAUCCAACUUCAGACUUUGCUGAAUGAAAGCCUCAUCAGAACAAAGCACGUGGAGAACGCAGCUGCGAUCGCCAUAAAUGAAAGGGAAGUCUGCGCUUCCACCUCUGGCUUCUAUGUGCCACCAGAGAAUGCCAUAAACCUCAUCUAUGCCUUCUACAAGAACUUGCUGCAAGUUAGAAAGGAAGGACUCUACUUCAAGCAGAAGCACUAUAAGUGCGUUCGAGCAGAUGAGCAUUCCAUCUAUCUUAAAAAUGCAGAUGGAGGCCUCAUAGUGGUGAAGACAAAAGCUUUCAUCCUGAUUGCUAUGUACAGAGUGGGCAUGUAUCCCAGUGUGUGUGUGGAAGCUGUGGAGAAACUCGGUAAGACAAACACAUGUACCUGUGUGCCUGCAUGUCAGUGGUUCACUGACUGGCUCUGCUCUUGAAACGACUUCAAAAAUUUAUCUGACAUACUAUCAAAUCCUGAAAAUCUUGGCAGCUUGAAUACAGCCAUGGGUUACUGCUCUCCAGUCAUCUCACCAUGAUCCAAAGCUUCCAUGGGUAUGGACAGGUCGCAGAACUGUCUCUUGCGUUGGCCUUUGUGGCACAAGUUUUUUGUUUGUUACCCUUAAACACAAUGGAACCCAACAAUCACGUUUCCUUGACCUCAUACAACUAAUGCUGAGUCUGUGUCUUAACACACAUCAUCUGAGCAUCAUCUUCGAUAUUCUAAUUCACAUUCCACUUCUUCAAAGACCCAUGAGCUUCCCCAAGGGUUUCAAACUUUCCUUCUUUGCCUAUGAAUCUAAAGACAUCAUUAAGCUGCUUCCUCUCAUAUUUUCUUUCACAGUUACAAAGCACCUCUUCUCUAACAAAAGUACCCAUUUCCUUCCCUCUUCUGCCAAAGUUCCCUUUGUGGGACUCCUCUUAAUUCUUCUCUCUGAGGUUCGGUGUUUCAAAGACUUAGGGUUAAAAUCUCACACUUUGUUCCCCAUUUGAGAAUAAAGCAAAACAUAACCCUUUACAGACAAGCUGUCCUCAUCUCAGAUGUAGUUUUCUCAGUGUGUGGAGGUGCUGGCAAGGAUUAUGCCAGGGAGAUAAAUAACAGAUACACAUUCUAUUGCUGUAGUGUGUGGCUGACUAUUGGAGAUAAAAUCAUUUUAUCACAUCAUCCAGAUGGACUGAAUGCCAAAGAGCAGAUCCCAGAGUAGCCCUGAUUUUCACCAUGGAAACAAAGAUAUUUCUAUACCUAUGAGUAUGCCCAUUUCACUGCAUAGGAAUGAAAUUCCAGAUCUAUUGUGCUCAGCAUUGUUCCUUGUCUAGGUGCCUACAUGUAAGUGGAAUUAAUCUGUGUUUUGGGGCCUAAGCUGUUUAGUCUGAAAUGAGCUGUAAGACUGACAGUAAUAAAUUAUUCAUCAAACUUUCAUUACAUGUUUCCAGAGCCAGAUUUCCUGCAGUUUUGACAAUGUGAGUUUAUUCUUUCCCUUCAGGAUGAUUUCUUUGUGAAAACAAAGUGGAAUUAGCUUUUACUUGCAUCUUAUUUUUGCAAAUGAUUUAGGUAUAAAGUGAUCAGUGUUUAUUUUGUAGAACAGAUAAUACCACACAGAUAUAGGCAUUAGGAUUUUUGCUGUGCAAUUAGGAAUACUGCUGUCUGUUCUUUCAAUUAAAGCCCGAGGUGGACUUGAACUUGAAAAAAGCAUCUUGAUUACAGCAGUUCUGUGUGUGAUUUUCAUCAUUGUUGAUUUUUUAAAAAAUUAAUUUCCUUGUGUUU